AUGCUUCGUUUCUCUCUGGUGGCUUGUGUCCGAGGAGCCGGUAGAAGGCUUUCCUCGUCGUUCUCUGGUCAGAGCGCUCUACCUCCAAAUCUACUGCUGCCUACCAACCUCGUGGAUCCUGCCAGAUUAAAGCGUCCUCCUCCUGCUGCAGACUGCUCCCUGCCCCUUCUGAGGAAGUGCGAUGCCGUCGUUCCCGCUCACCUGAGCCCCGUCCGGACCUGGGUGGAGUCUCUGGAGAGGCAGGACAGCGAGCCGUUGGGCGUGGCCCAGCUCCACCCUGACGUCUUUGCGGCGCCUCCGAGGCUCGACAUUCUCCACAACGUUGAAACGUGGCAGAGGAAUUACAAAAGAAUCAGCCACGCCAACACAAAGAUCAGGUCAGAGGUCAGAGGUGGGGGCAGGAAGCCGUGGAGACAGAAAGGGAGCGGCAGAGCUCGUCACGGCAGCAUCCGGUCGCCGAUAUGGAGAGGAGGUGGGGUGUCCCAUGGACCCAGAGGGCCGACCAGCUACUACUACAUGUUACCCAUGAAAGUCCGAGUGCAAGGACUCAAAGUGGCGCUGAGCUCCAAGAUGGCUCAGGACUACCUUCACAUCGUGGACUCCCUGAACAUCCCCACGCCGGACUCUCAGUACCUACUGGACCUCAUCCGACACCGACACUGGGGAGAGUCUUUGCUAAUAGUCGAUGUAGGUGAAGAGUUUCCUGAAAACAUUCUCCAGGCCACAGCAAACUUAAAGACAGUGAACAUCAUUCCAGCCAUUGGUCUGAACGUCCACAGCAUGCUGAAACACGAAGCCAUCGUCCUCACUCUGGAAACGGUCAAGUUUCUGGAGGACAAGCUGCUCUGGCACGACCAGCGUUAUACACCUCUGUACCCGUUUAAACUGCCCUACUCCGACUUCCCGUAGAAGCCUUGACGUUACCUGUAAUAUAUU